AUGGCCCUCAUCACAGCAGGAAUGGAAGGUGAAUUGCGUUUAUGGCGCCAAGGUGCGGAUUUCGUGUCAUGGAAGCUAGGCGCGAAGGUAGACGUGGCCCCACCCGGGGCGGUGCUCUUGGAGUGUGUGGCUAUGCAACGCAUUGCAGGGAAUACAGCCCUAGUGGCUGUAGGCGGGACGAAUCGACGCGUUUGGCUCUUUUCCGCCGUGCUAGGCGAAGAUCCUUGUCUACGAAAGGCAGCAGUACUAGAUGGGCAUCGUGAUUGGAUCAGGGGACUCGCAUUCUCUGCAACUACUGAAGAAGGUGCUUUCCGACUUGCGAGCGCGUCGAAGGACGGCACUGCCCGCAUUUGGCAAGUGCAGCGAAUUGGUGAAAAAGAACCUGACACUUUUGACGUACAUACGGCGAGGGUUGAGGCGCUGCUCUCCGACGAAAAGUGGUCGUUUACUGCGGAGGCCCUCCUGGACGAGCACACCGCUGCAGUUCAUUCUGUGGAGUUUGGCGGACCGUCGAACACUUCAAAGCUGCUCACUUCUUCUAUGGAUUGCAGCAUUGUGCUUUGGAGCUUAGAAGGCCGACGCUGGGAAAGUGUAGCGCGUUUUGGACUUCUAGGUGGAAGCUCUGCUCAUGCUUUAGGAUUCUUUGGAGCAUCCUUUGUCAAUGCGAAGUGCGAUGAGGUCCUUGGACAUAAUUUUGCUGGUGCUUUGCACUGCUGGCGGGCAAAGUCACUUAUAGAUAGCAACGUCGAGUUCCUUGCAAAGUCGGCACCCAGUGGGCACUUUGGUAUGGUUACGGAUCUAGCGUGGGAACCACAAGGAAGGUACCUCCUCACCUGCAGCGAAGAUAAGACGGCACGGAUUUUCGCAGAGGUGGAAGAGGACGAUUGCCAUCGUUUUGUCGAAUGGGCGAGACCGCAAGUUCAUGGACAUGCCUUAUUUGCCGUGCAAUUCUGCGAUAAGGACGGCAGAAAAUACGUGUCGGGUGCCGAAGAACGCAUGUUGAGAAUGUUUGAAGCCCCAAGUCGCUUCCGCCUACCGGGGGAAACUGAUGUCAAUGUAUAUGGGUCGAAGAGGGCUACAUCAGCUGUAGUACCGGAGCUAGGCUUGUCGAACAAAGCCACUUACGAGGCUGAAAAAGAGGACGACGCGAAAGAAGAAGAUGAUGAGGGGAGUAAAUCGACAAAUGCAGUCAGUGAGGACCUGCUUGUAACUUCGUUUGGGGCGGCGCGAGCAAAAUCAAUCGUGCCUUUAGAAGAAGACCUCAAACAGAAGCGACUGUGGCCCGAGACGGCAAAAUUGUAUGGUCACGGCAACGAGAUAUCGUGUGUUGCUGCAGAUCCUAAUAAUGCUGUCUUGGCAUCUGCUUGCAAGGCCCAGACUGCGAAGGAUGCGGUCAUUAUUCUAUGGGACUCCAACAAUGGAGUUGAAUGCGGCAGACUGUUGGCACAUGAUCUCACGAUCAACCAAAUGACGUUUUCAGAAGAUGGGAAGGCAAUUUCAGCAGUGUCAAGAGAUCGUUCAGUCUCAAUUUUCCGAAAGACUGAGGUUGGGAGCAGGUUUGGCUUUUCAACUGCGAUUCAGAAGAAAGGAGCUCACUCUCGACUCAUCUACACGUGUGCAUGGUUGUUUGGUGAUGAGUUCAUUGCUACGGGAGGGAGGGACAAGUACCUCAAAGUCUUCACGACCGGCUUGCCUUCCCAAGACGGAGGCAUGUCUGAGGUCUACAAGCAGAAGUUUGACUCGGGCGUUUCAGCUCUUGAUGCAGUCAGCAUCGCCGGUGAUGGAAGACACGUCGUUGUGGCAGCUGGCUUCGUAGCUGGACAUAUCCGUCUUUUCGAAGCCGAAAUCGAUGCACAUGGAAGCUUAUCAAUAGAGCAAGUGUACUCCACAAACCUACAGACUCGGUGCGGCAGUCGGAUAACGAAUAUCCAAUGGAGGCCGGAGAGCUCCAUACAAGAAGCAGGCAUUCUCAACAUACAGCUUGGUGUGGCGAGCGAAGAUCUUUCUGUGCGAGUGUUGGAGUUUCGAUUUGCAAGAGGUGCUUAAAGGCUGGACAAACUAUUUAGAACUAACUUUUUACAGGCAAACAAAUGACAAACUCGACAAAAUGAUCUGUACAUAUUAGUCCAAUGUGCCUCAUGCAACGCUGCUUGCACGACAUGAACGCACGUCAGCGCAGCGUCGCAGCUUGCUUCAUGUACCAGCUCACCGCGCUCCCGCAGUGCCGCCCGGGAAUGCCAUGUCACAAUAAUCCGACUGCAUGGCGAAGUUUACUUUCCCUUCUCCAAAGAUAAAAAAUUGCGCCCCA